AUGUUUAAAGAGUAUGAACCCUGUUACUUUUAUCUUAAAACCAAACUUUACCUAUGUUAUGAAUCUUGGGCAAGAUAUGCUAUCUUAAAGUUGUUCACAGCUGGUGCUAAAUUAACACAGAGAGUGAAAUCGAUAAAUGGUAUUUUAAAAAAACAUCUUGAUCAAUAUACAUUGUUGAAAGAGCUGAUGAAAAUAAUUGAACAAGAACUGGAAAAAAAG